CUGGAGGGCCGCGUCUGCCAGCCCCUCACCACCCACGUGCACUGGGAGCCCGCCACCCGUGCCAUCCAAGUGCUGCAGGACCUGCUGCUGCAGCUGGACAGCCCAGACCCCCAGCGGGUGCUGCGGCCGGACCUGGCCCGGGAGCUGCAGGAGCGCCCCGAGGAGUUCUGGCGCCGGGCAGAGGAACACACCCGGCUCCACGCCGAGCCGCGCCCCGACACCCGUACAUGAGGCAAAAAAUUCCCUCCAUCACCUG